UCAGCGGCCGCGCCGGAGCGGGAUGGGGGCGAGCGCAGUGGCCGCCUAGGCGCCCAGGACCAGGCAGCGGCGGCCGCGUCCCCGGCCCGGCUCGCGAGCGCUCUCUUCCUGUCGGCGGCCCGGCCCCUGGAAGGUCAAGAUGGAAGAGAUCCUGAGGAAGCUGCAGAGGGAAGCGUCCGGGAGCAAGUACAAAGCCAUCAAGGAGAGCUGCACCUGGGCCCUGGAAACCUUGGGUGGUGUGGACACCAUUGUCAAGAUCCCUCCCCACUUGCUGAGGGAGAAGUGCCUGCUGCCUCUCCAGCUGGCUUUGGAAUCCAAGAACGUGAAACUGGCCCAACAUGCUUUGGCAGGGAUGCAGAAGCUUCUGUCAGAAGAGAGGUUUGUAUCCAUGGAAACAGACUCUGAUGAGAAGCAGCUGCUCAAUCAGAUCCUGAAUGCUGUGAAAGUGACGCCUUCGCUUAAUGAAGACUUGCAGGUGGAAGUGAUGAAGGUGUUACUGUGCAUCACCUACACCCCAACAUUUGACCUGAACGGGAGCGCCGUGCUGAAGAUUGCAGAGGUAUGCAUUGAGACGUACACCUGCAGCUGUCACCAACGUAGUAUAAACACUGCUGUGCGGGCAACUCUGAGCCAAAUGCUGAGCGACUUGACUUUGCAGUUAAGGCAAAGGCAGGAAAACACGAUAAUUGAAAAUCCAGAUGUCCCACAAGAAUUCCGAAGUCAAGGGUCAACAGUAGAGGCCCUCUGUGAUGAUGUGGUCUCUGUCCUCACUGUGCUGUGUGAGAAGCUACAAGCCUCCAUAAAUGACAGCCAGCAGCUGCAGCUUCUGUACCUGGAGUGCAUUCUGUCCGUGCUCAGCAGCUCCUCCCAUUCCAUGCACCUGCACAGGGGCUUCACUGAUCUCAUCUGGAAAAACCUCUGCCCGGCUCUCGUCGUCAUCCUGGGGAAUCCCAUUCGCGACAAAACCAUCACCUCUGCUCACAGCAGCAGCGCCAGCGCCAGCAUCGAGUCGGACUCCGCCUCCCAGGCGGUUUCUGACCAGGGCCGGGGCUCGGGCUGCUCCUGCACAGCGCCGGCCCUCAGUGGGCCCGUGGCUCGCACUAUCUACUACCUCGCGGCCGAGCUGGUCCGGCUGGUGGGGUCGGUGGACUCCAUGAAGCCCGUGCUCCAGUCCCUCUAUCAUCGCGUACUGCUGUAUCCACCGCCCCAGCACCGCGUGGAGGCCAUCAAGAUCAUGAAAGAGAUCCUCGGGAGCCCACAGCGUCUCUGCGACUUGGCAGGUCCCAGUUCCACUGAGCCAGAACCCAGAAAAAGAUCAAUUUCAAAAAGAAAGUCUCACUUGGAUCUUCUCAAACUUAUCAUGGAUGGCAUGACCGAAGCGUGCAUCAAGGGCGGCAUUGAAGCCUGCUACGCUGCAGUGUCCUGUGUCUGCGCCUUGCUGGGGGCCCUGGACGAGCUCAGCCAGGGCAAGGGCUUGAGCGAGGGUCAAGUGCAGCUGCUGCUCCUGCGCCUGGAAGAGCUGAGGGACGGGGCCGAGUCCAGCAGAGACUCCAUGGAGAUCAACGAGGCUGACUUCCGCUGGCAGCGGCGAGUGCUGUCCUCAGAGCACACACCGUGGGAGUCAGGGAACGAGAGAAGCCCCGACAUCAGCAUCAGUGUCACUACAGACACAGGGCAGACCACCUUGGAGGGAGAGUUGGGCCAGACGACCCCCGAGGACCACACAGAGAACCACAAGAAUGGGCUUAAAUCACCAGCAAUCAGGGAGGACAAGGAGACGCUGGGCAAAGUGUCAGAACCGGAGGCAGUGGACCAGCCCGACGUGGUUCAAAGAAGCCACACGGUGGCUUACCCCGACAUCACUAACUUCCUGUCCGUGGACUGCAGGAUGCGGUCCUAUGGAUCUAGGUACAGUGAGAGCAACUUCAGUGUGGAUGACCAAGACCUGUCGAGGACAGAAUUCGAUUCCUGUGAUCAGUACUCGAUGGCAGCAGAGAAGGACUCCGGCAGGUCUGAUGUGUCCGACAUCGGGUCCGACAAUUGUUCACUGGCUGACGAAGAGCAGACCCCGAGGGACUGCCUGGGCCACCGGUCCUUGCGAACAGCAGCUCUGUCUCUCAAACUGCUGAAGAACCAGGAAGCCGACCAGCACAGCGCCAGGCUGUUCGUGCAGUCCCUGGAAGGCCUCCUUCCCCGCCUCCUGGCUCUCUCCACCGUGGAAGAGGUGGACUCGGCCCUCCAGAACUUUGCCUCCACUUUCUGCUCAGGCAUGAUGCACUCCCCCUGCUUUGACGGGAGCAGCAGCCUGUGCUUCCAGAUGCUGAUGAACGCGGACAGCCUGUACACAGCCGCGCACUGCGCCCUGCUCCUCAACCUGAAGCUCUCCCACGGUGACUACUACAGGAAGCGGCCAACCCUGGCGCCUGGCAUGAUGAAAGAGUUCAUGAAACAGGUCCAGACCAGCGGGGUGCUGAUGGUCUUCUCCCAAGCCUGGAUCGAGGAGCUGUACCACCAGGUGCUUGAGAGAAACAUGCUUGGAGAAGCUGGCUACUGGGGCAGCCCGGAGGACAACAGCCUUCCUCUCAUCACCAUGCUGACCGAUAUUGAUGGCUUAGAGAGCAGUGCCAUUGGUGGCCAGUUGAUGGCCUCAGCUUCCACAGAGUCUCCUUUCACCCAGAGCAGGAGAAUUGACGACUCCACAGUAGCAGGUGUGGCUUUUGCUCGCUACAUUCUGGUUGGCUGCUGGAAGAACUUGAUCGAUACGCUGUCAACCCCCCUGACUGGCCGCAUGGCAGGGAGCUCCAAAGGGCUGGCCUUCAUUCUGGGGGCUGAAGGCAUCAAAGAGCAGAACCAAAAGGAACGUGACGCCAUCUGCAUGAGUCUGGAUGGGCUGCGGAAGGCUGCCCGGCUGAGCUGUGCCCUAGGGGUUGCUGCUAACUGCGCCUCAGCCCUUGCCCAGAUGGCUGCUGCCUCCUGUGUCCAGGAAGAAAAAGAGGAAAAAGAAGUCCAAGAACCCAGCGAUGCCAUAGCACAAGUGAAACUAAAAGUGGAGCAGAAACUGGAGCAGAUGGGGAAGGUGCAGGGGGUGUGGCUGCACACGGCCCACGUCUUGUGCAUGGAUGCCAUCCUCAGCGUAGGCCUGGAAAUGGGAAGCCACAACCCGGACUGCUGGCCACACGUGUUCAGGGUGUGUGAGUACGUGGGCACGUUGGAGCACACCCACUUCAGCGACGGCGCCUCGCAGCCGCCUCUGACCAUCAGCCAGCCCCAGAAGGCACCCGGGGGCUCUGGACUCCUUGGGGACCUUGAGAGUGAGGGUUCCUCCCAGGAGCAGAGCCUGGAGCAGGGGCCCUCCCUGAGCACGGCCCCCGUGGUCCAGCCCCUCUCCAUCCAAGAGCUGGUCCGCGAAGGCAGCCGGGGCCGGGCCUCGGACUUCCGCGGUGGCAGCCUCAUGAGUGGGAGCAGCGCAGCCAAGGUGGUGCUCAGCUUGUCCACCCAGGCCGACAGACUCUUUGAAGAUGCUACAGACAAGCUGAACCUAAUGGCUUUGGGAGGCUUCCUUUACCAGCUGAAGAAAGCAUCGCAGUCCCAGCUUUUCCACUCUGUUACGGAUACAGUCGAUUACUCUCUGGCGAUGCCAGGGGAAGUUAAAUCCACCCAAGACCGCAAAAGCGCGCUUCACCUGUUCCGCCUGGGGGACGCCAUGCUAAGGAUCGUCCGGAGCAAGGCCCGGCCCCUGCUGCACGUGAUGCGCUGCUGGAGCCUUGUGGCCCCACACCUGGUGGAGGCUGCCUGCCACAAGGAGAGACAUGUGUCCCAGAAGGCAGUUUCCUUCAUCCACGACAUCCUGACGGAGGUCCUCACUGACUGGAACGAGCUGCCUCAUUUUCACUUCAACGAAGCACUCUUCCGACCUUUUGAGCGUAUUAUGCAGCUGGAGUUGUGUGAUGAAGAUGUCCAAGAUCAGGUGGUCACGUCCAUCGGCGAGUUGGUGGAAGUGUGCUCCACGCAGAUCCAGUCGGGGUGGAGGCCCUUGUUCAGUGCACUGGAAACAGUACACAGUGGGGACAAGUCUGAGGUGAAAGAGUACCUGGUCGGUGACUAUUCCAUGGGAAAAAGCCAGGCUCCAGUGUUUGAUGUGUUUGAAGCUUUUCUCAAUACUGACAACAUCCAGGUCUUUGCUAACGCAGCCACGAGUUACAUCAUGUGCCUUAUGAAGUUUGUCAAAGGACUGGGGGAGGUGGACUGUAAAGAGAUCGGAGACUGUGUCCCGGGAACUGGAGCCACAUCCACAGACCUGUGCCUCCCGGCCCUUGAGUACCUCCGACGCUGCUCUCAGUUAUUGGCCAAAAUCUACAAAAUGCCCUUGAAGCCAAUAUUCCUUAGCGGGCGGCUUGCUAGUUUGCCUCGAAGACUUCAGGAGCAGUCAGCAAGCAGUGAGGACGGAAUUGAGUCAGUCCUGUCUGAUUUUGAUGAUGACACUGGUCUGAUAGAAGUUUGGAUCAUCCUGUUAGAGCAGCUCACAGCAGCUGUGUCCAAUUGUCCACGUCAGCACCAACCACCAACCUUGGAUUUACUCUUUGAGCUGUUGAGAGAUGUUACCAAGAUACCUGGACCAGGGUUUGGAAUCUAUGCAGUUGUUCACCUUCUUCUUCCUGUGAUGUCCCUAUGGCUCCGUCGAAGCCAUAAAGACCAUUCUUACUGGGAUGUGGCCUCUGCUAACUUCAAGCACGCCAUUGGUCUGUCCUGCGAGCUGGUGGUAGAGCACAUUCAAAGCUUCCUACACUCAGACAUCAGGUACGAGAGCAUGAUCAACACCAUGCUGAAGGACCUCUUUGAGUUGCUGGUGGCGUGUGUGGCCAAGCCCACGGAAACCAUCUCCAGAGUGGGCUGUUCUUGCAUUAGGUACGUCCUGGUGACAGCGGGCCCAGUGUUCACUGAGGAGAUGUGGCGGCUGGCCUGCUGUGCCCUGCAGGAUGCCUUCUCUGCCACCCUCAAGCCAGUGAAGGACCUGCUUGGCUGCUUCCACAGUGGCACCGAGAGCUUUAGUGGCGAAGGCUGCCAGGUGCGGGUGGCAGCCCCCUCCUCCUCCCCCAGUGCCGAGGCCGAGUACUGGCGCAUCCGAGCCAUGGCCCAGCAGGUAUUUAUGUUGGACACCCAAUGCUCACCCAAGACUCCCAACAACUUUGAUCACGCCCAGUCCUGCCAGCUCAUCAUCGAACUGCCUCCUGACGAGAAGCCAAAUGGCCACACCAAGAAAAGCGUUUCUUUCAGGGAAAUUGUAGUGAGCUUGCUGUCUCAUCAAGUGUUACUCCAGAAUCUGUACGAUAUCCUGUUAGAAGAGUUCGUCAAAGGUCCCUCUCCUGGAGAGGAGAAGACUGUCCAAGUGCCAGACGCCAAGCUGGCCGGCUUCCUCAGAUACAUCUCCAUGCAGAACUUGGCGGUCAUAUUCGACCUGCUGCUGGACUCCUACAGGACAGCGCGGGAGUUCGACACCAGCCCGGGGCUGAAGUGCCUGCUGAAGAAAGUGUCGGGCAUCGGGGGCGCUGCCAACCUCUACCGCCAGUCUGCCAUGAGCUUUAACAUCUAUUUCCACGCGCUGGUUUGCGCUGUCCUCACCAACCAGGAAACCAUCACUGCUGAGCAAGUGAAGAAGGUCCUUUUCGAGGACGACGAGAGAAGCACAGAUUCCUCCCAGCAGUGUUCAUCCGAAGACGAAGACAUCUUCGAGGAGACCGCCCAGGUCAGCCCGCCGAGGGGCAAGGAGAAGAGGCAAUGGCGGGCACGGAUGCCCUCGCUCAGCGUGCAGCCGGUCAGCAACGCCGACUGGGUGUGGCUGGUCAAGAGGCUGCACAAGCUCUGCAUGGAGCUGUGCAACAACUACAUCCAGAUGCACCUGGACCUGGAGAGCAGCAUGGAGGAGGCCCCGGUCUGCAGGAGCGACCCCUUCUUCAUCCUGCCCUCCUUCCAGUCCGAGUCGUCCACCCCGUCCACCGGCGGGUUCUCUGGGAAGGACACGCCCUCCGAGGAUGACCGAAGUCAGUGCCGCGAGCACCUGGGCGAGACGCUGAGCCUGCGGGGCGCCGGUGGGGACCUGCUGCUGCUGCCUCCGCCCAGCCCCAAAGUGGAGAAGAAGGAUCCCAGCCGCAAGAAGGAGUGGUGGGAGAGCGCGGGCAACAAGAUCUACACCAUGGCGGCCGACAAAACCAUCUCCAAGCUGAUGACCGAGUACAAAAAGAGGAAACAGCAGCACAACCUGCCCCCCUUCCCCAAAGAGGUCAAGGGGGACAAGAAGGGGGAGCCGCUGGGUCCCAGGGGCCAAGACUCCCCGCUGCUCCAGCGCCCCCAGCACCUGAUGGACCAAGGGCAGAUGCGCCAUUCCUUCAGUGCUGGCCCCGAGCUGCUGCGACAGGAGAAGAGGCCCCGCUCGGGCUCCACCGGGAGCUCGCUGAGUGUCUCUGUGAGAGACGCAGAAGCACAGAUCCAGGCAUGGACCAACAUGGUGCUAACAGUUCUCAAUCAGAUUCAGAUCCUUCCAGACCAGACCUUCACUGCCCUCCAGCCAGCAGUGUUCCCGUGCAUCAGCCAGCUGACCUGUCAUGUGACCGACAUCAGAGUUCGCCAAGCUGUGAGAGAAUGGCUGGGCAGAGUGGGUCGUGUCUAUGACAUCAUUGUGUAGAAGACUCUUUUUCCAUCCCCAAGGAAAUACCAUAGAGGUUCACAGUCUGCCUGCCAAUCCAGCUGAUAGCAUUUGCCACAUUUAAACUAAGUCUCAAAGAACAGUGUUACCUAAUGUUUAAAAAAAAAAAAAAAUCCUCCCCCCCCCCAAA